AUUAACCCAGUUGACAUUUUGGCAAGAAGAACACCUCAGUGGUGCGAAUGGCUUCCUUUUCAAUUGGGACACACUUGUCCAUGUUCCAACAUUUGAGGAAUUCUAGACUUUCACUUCAUGGCCUUUGCACCGUUGAAUCUUCUCCGUCAUCUCGACCCUUCUUUGGUUCGUCUUCUUGUAGAAUCAGAUUCAGAGGUACCACUCCCACUUUCCUUCGUAAUAAUGUAUUGGCACGCGCUGAAGAUAAGGCCAGAGGUCCUUCUUCUUCGUUUCAGCCUCAACAAAGCUCCCAGCAAGAGUCCCAGAACUUGACAUCAGAAUCUGGUAAUUGUGAUCCCCUAUGUUCACUUGAUGAGACAAGCUCACAAGAUUUUGAAGACAACUAUCAGCCCAAGACCGAUUUGCUUAAAGCUGUUGCAAUUAUUGCUGCAGCUGCAACUGGGGCAGUGGCAAUUAACCAUUCUUGGGUGGCUGCUAAUCAGGAUCUUGCUAUGGCAUUGCUAUUUGUCAUAGGAUAUGCAGGCAUUAUAUUUGAAGAAUCUCUAGCCUUCAAUAAAAGUGGAGUGGGACUGUUGAUGGCUGUAAGCUUAUGGGUGAUACGGAGUAUUGGGGCUCCAUCAACUGAUAUAGCUGUUUCAGAGCUAAGACAUGCAUCUGCGGAAGUCAGUGAAAUAGUGUUUUUCUUGCUUGGCGCAAUGACCAUUGUUGAGAUAGUUGACGCUCAUCAAGGAUUUAAGCUGGUUACUGACAAUAUAACCACCCGAAAGCCGCGCCUUCUCCUCUGGGUGAUUGGAUUUGUUACAUUUUUUCUCAGUUCAGUUCUAGAUAACCUGACAUCUACUAUAGUCAUGGUUUCUCUGUUGCGGAAAUUAGUACCUCCAUCGGAGUAUCGAAAGAUUCUUGGAGGUGUUGUUGUGAUAGCAGCAAAUUCUGGUGGUGCAUGGACUCCUAUUGGUGAUGUUACCACUACUAUGCUGUGGAUACAUGGCCAGAUAUCUACCGUGCAAACAAUGAAGGGUUUGUUUGUACCUUCAGCCAUUUCUCUAGCUGUACCACUGGCUCUAAUGUCCCUGACUAGUGAAGUUAAUGGGAAGGGACAGGAUUCUCUCGGUGUCUUGGCAUCUGAACAGAUGGCUCCCCGAGGACAGCUUGUUUUCUCAGUGGGUUUAGGAGCUUUGAUUUUUGUCCCAGUGUUCAAGGCCCUCACAGGUUUGCCUCCGUACAUGGGGAUGCUGCUUGGACUUGGCGUGCUUUGGAUCCUAACUGAUGCCAUCCAUUUUGGUGAAUCUGAAAGGCAGAAGCUAAAAGUGCCACAGGCUCUGUCACGGAUAGACACCCAAGGAGCACUAUUUUUCCUGGGAAUUCUAUUAUCCGUUAGCAGCCUGGAGGCAGCAGGGAUUCUUCGGGAGAUAGCAAAUUACCUUGAUGUGCAUGUCCCGAGUAGUGAACUUAUUGCAAGUGCUAUUGGAGUCAUAUCUGCAGUGAUAGACAAUGUUCCCUUGGUUGCUGCAACCAUGGGAAUGUAUGAUGUCACUUCUUUCCCUCAAGAUUCUGAGUUCUGGCAAUUGGUUGCAUUUUGUGCUGGUACUGGUGGAUCCAUGUUAGUUAUUGGCUCAGCUGCUGGAGUUGCGUUCAUGGGGAUGGAAAAGGUGGACUUCUUUUGGUACUUACGAAAGGUUAGUGGCUUUGCUUUUGCAGGUUAUGCUGCUGGCAUUGCUGCCUAUUUAGCGUUUCACAACCUCAACAUCUCCCUACCAACAACUCUAGCAGAGGUUCCUUUCCUUUCUGGUUCAUAAAUCGAGAAUUCAGAUUUCAUUUGGUUCAAUUGCCAUGGCAUCAAAACCAGCAUAGUUUCAGAACUAUGUAUACAAGUCCACUCGUAGUGGAAGUUGUCAAAGGUUAAGAUGUUGGUUCACGAGAGGAUAUAGAGGUAGGAUCAAUAUGUGUUACAUACAUUAUUAGGUGUUGAUUUCACUUGUAUCUUGUGAUUCUAAUUUAUUAGUCAUGUGAACUCUUACAUGUAAGCGAAAUCAAUGACGAAUAUUGAAUGUAAGACUUGUCAAAUUUAUUUAAGUAUAAAUUGAUCCUCUCCAAU